CGCGCGCCGACCUCGUGAAUUUGACAACAGCAUGGCAAUGUGAAUAUAUUAUAUUCACUUGCACGUCUGGGCUUGCACCAUAAUACUAUCGACACUUCACAGAAAACAGAUGCAAUUUUGUCACCGUGGGCAAUCAAUUAAACCUGUGAUUUUGGAAAGAUCUCUUUCAGUGUUUGAUUUGGAUAUUUCAUAUUUCAUGUGUGUUUGAGUUAAACCAGUGGAUAAACGACUGAUUACAUAUUGACACCAUCUGAUCGCUCGGAGGGAGGAUCCAAUUUUUGAAAUCACACGAAGUUACAAGCGAGGAGUGACAGCUCCCACGAAACGCGGACCACCUAUUUGAUACCGGGACCCGAUAGUUGAAAGACCAGGGAUCGAAACCGUUUUAACCCCAGCAUCCUCCAAACCCGGACAGUUUUCUCGCCAUCGACUUAAAGUGAAGGAGUGUCCCCGCCAUGGUGUCCUACAAGAUACGAAACGGACGGAUAGACGACUGCGAAGAUGUUGUCCGGCUCAUGCAGAAAUUGUCUGCGCAUGAGGGCUUCGCGGGCCAGACGAAAAUCACCCCAGACGAUCUUCGCCGAGAUGGAUUUGGCCCCGACCCGGUCUUCCAGUGCGCAGUACUGGAGAAGCUCUGCGAUGACGGGGUGUCGGUGUUGGUAGGAUACGCCCUGUAUUUCUACGGCUUCUGCUCUUGGAAUGGAAGGAUGCUUUAUUUCGAGGAUCUCUUCGUCGAGAGGGAGUAUCGAGGUAUGGGACUGGGCGUGGCUCUCAUGCACAAGGUUAUCAAAAUGGCGGUCGACCGAGGCUGCAAUUGCAUCCAAGCUUGCGUGGUGGAAUGGAAUACAGAGGUUCGACAACUGUACCGGCACCUCGGCAUCGAGGACCUGACCGAGACAAAGAAAUACCACCUCCUCUCGUUCACAGGCGAAAAAUUGGACAAAUUCGUGAAGAAAGAGUCGUUUAUCAGCAAAGACAUGAUCCUCAAAGCUGAUUUGUGAUUGUCUGUAAUUGUUUUUUUUUAGAACAGAACUGCAGAGCUGCAUGGUUCAAGAUUUGGAGCCAGUGUUGUCGGCCAGGUGGAAGGGAACUUCGGAUAUAAAUUUCUCGGGAUAAAUUUCUUUAGACAAUGCCGAAGACUCGACUAUGCCAUUCCUGUAGGCGGACAGGGGCAGCGUUUCAUGAAGGACUUGUUGGAAGUUUUGUCUGACAAACAGUGCUUCAUCAGACAGUCACCACGGAAACAUUGCUUCCCAGCCAGUGAAAAUUCAGGAAAGUUGCAAGAUCUAGCUGACAUGUCGGACGAAAAUUGCUGCAGAUAGGUGAAAGCUGCAAACAUGUUUCCUAUGUGAUUUUAUAUACCACCUUGCGCUAUGUGGCGGAAAGUUGGACUGCCGCGUUGGUACGGAAAUUAUGGAAACAAACUACUAGGAAAGAAUAUUAUUUUGUCAACUUAACGUUUCAUUAUCCACCAACAAAUAUAACAAAAUUGAAAAUAAACGUUGAUAAGGGACAAAGAAUCUCAAAUUAUUUCCAAACACUCUUCAUUUUUCCGACAUAGAUAAAUCAACCAUCGUGAUAAAUAUCAAACCUGAACUUGCAGUUCAAUGACUUUCUUUUUAUCAAAUAUGUAUCCGUGACAAGACUAGUUUACAGUACAGUUGUAGUCUAUUGAGUACUCCUACUGUGUAACUGACGGCUUUAGAAUGCAGUCACAUUUGAAACAAUAAUACUCAUAUUAUUUUCUUUGAAGAAUAUGAUGUAAGAUCGAACCUAAUGCGGUCGAGAUGCUUCCCCGCUGCUACCAGCGGGGAAGCAUCUCGCCCUUAUGAAGUUUAAGUAGU